AUGGCAGUCAACGAAGAGUUUUGGCAGACUUUGGAUAAUUUCAGAGCCACAAUUCUUUAUUCUGGCGACCUUGAAGCGCCAGCCCCGCCACCCACAGACACUCAGGACCACAGCAGGUCCUUCCCCAAUGCUACAUCAACGGGAUCGGCCGGGGGUGAGAGUCUUGUAAGCCUUGGAGCGGCCCAAAGCUGUAGAAAAGCCAGUCUGCUCCUUCACCUCCUCAGCCAAGUGUACAGACUCGUGGCCACCCAGAGCUAUGCCACUAGAAGGGACAUCUUCUACGAGUUUGUGUGGCUGUACAAGAGUCAGAGCACGUUGGACAGAGCCUUGGAGGAGCUGGCCAGGCUGGUGGGAGUGCCGCGGCGGGCCCUUCACAUGACAGCCACCGGGAAGGGCCUUGUUGGGGGCUGCCUCAGGUACACCACGCACGACGGCACCCUUGUUGAUGUGUCCCUCGCUGCUAAUGGCGUGGGCGUGCCGGAGUGCGUGGCGGGGCUGAAGGAGGUACAGUCAGAGAGUCGGUAUGUGCUGGUGGUGGAGAAGGAUGCUACAUUUCAGAAGCUUAUGGACACACACUUCCUUCGCUCCUUCGGCCCCGGGAUCCUAGUCACGGGCAAAGGGUACCCAGACCUGAACACAAGGCAGCUGGUGUUCAGGCUACGUCGGGACCUGCAACUGCCAGUCAUAGCCCUCACUGAUGCUGAUCCCUACGGCCUCCACAUUGCUGCUGUUUACAAGUUUGGCGCCCUGGCCAGAGAGGAGCCAGGCCUAGCGGUGGGCAGUCUGGCUUGGCUGGGCGUCCUCCCCACUGAUCUGCGCGCCCUCCAGCUGCCCGCCCACGCCCUCCUGCCACUCACGCCCAAGGACCACGGAAAGCUGGCCUCCCUCGCUGCCCACCCCGCCAUAGCAAAACACCCUGCGUGGCUAAGACAGAUAGAAGAGCAGUGUAGGAUCGGGCACAAGGCGGAGAUACAAGGCUUAACACACGUGGCUCCUGACUACCUCACCAUUACCUACCUGCCCGCCAAGCUCAAGAACGGGGGGUGGGUGGCCUGACGAGGAGGAG